ACCGCGCCAGGCCCUCCGGACAGUUUCAGCUGAUCCAUGUCAACACGUCGUCGCGGAGCUUUCUAGAGAGGACGCGCGAGGGAGAAGCAGACUUAGAGCCAUGCCUGAGGUAGACCAGAGUAAGGAAGUGAAAGUGGAGAAGGUUCAGGAGGUGGAGGUGGAAGGAAAAGUUGAGCAGGAGGUCUCGGAGGAAUGGCUUGAUGUUUUAGGAAGUGGAGACCUCAAAAAGAAGGUGAUAAAACCAGGAAUAAUUGACGCAAGACCAGUAAAAGGUGACACAGUUACAGUCCGAGCAUCUGGAAGGCUGGAAAAUGGCAAAGAAGUGGAUAUUCACGAUCAGCUUACAUUCACAGUUGGAGACAGCGAGGUGGUACUUGGAUUGGACAUGAUUGUGCCUCUGAUGGAUAAGGGAGAAAUAGCAGAGGUUUACAUUGAUGCCAGAUUUGCCUAUGGGUCAAAAGGGUUGCCUCCAAAUAUCCCUCCAGAUGCCCCUCUUACCUAUACCAUUGAAGUCUUAGACUCGUCAGCUGAUGUGGAGCCAGACACCUUGCCGAUCCCAAAACGGAUGUCUAUAGGGAAUCGUAAGAGAGAACGUGGCAACUGGUGGUUUAACCGGGAAGAGUAUGCCACUGCUAUUCAGUGUUAUAGUGCAGCUGUUGAUUAUCUAGAUGAUGCGACAGAGGAGUAUGGGGAUGAAGUGAGGGAUGAAGUAAAACCUUUGUUGGUGGAGAGACUGAAGGCCCUCAACAAUAUGGGUGCUGCUCAGAUCAAAGUGGGUGCCUAUGAGGUUGCACUGAAGUCACUUGAAGCUGUGUUGAGGUGCCAGCCUAAUAAUGUAAAAGCAUUGUUUAGAAAAGGAAAGGCUUUGGGUCUUCAAGGAAAAUUUAAAGACGCUGUCACAAUACUAAAAUCUGCCUUGGAAUUGGAGCCUGAGUCCCGCCUCAUUCACCAAGAACUGGCAAGGGUCCGUGAAAAGGCCAGAGAAGAGGCAGAAUCUGAAAAGAGCUUGUACAGGAAGAUGCUAGGAAUAAAGAAAGAAUAUUUGCAAGAGGACCAGCGGCACCCCGUCAUCAAAAGUUUCCCUUGGAGAGAGUGGUUUGUAUUGUUUGUUACGCUGUUAGUACUUCUAAUAGCCUACAAGUACCGAGAUCUGAUAUUGGGGAUCUUCCAGUGAGAGGGAAUAAAUGUAUUGUAUGUAAGUUGGCUGCUAAAGUGGCUUUGUACUUACCAUAUUAUAUAUGAAAAUUUUAGACCUUGUAUUUUUGAAGAUUUAAAUAUUUUUGGUUAUGCUAAUGCAAUAUUACUCAAACUAUCUGAUGUGGCAAACCAUCAAGGCUUUUUUUUUUCCCAAUAGGCCAGAGACUGGUUACAUGUAUGUGCCAUAUUAUUAUUUGUUUACUGUCUAGGAGACAAAAAUUAAUGUUCAUAUUAAUAAUGAAGUAUACCAAAAUUUGAUAUUUAUUAUUUUUUCUUAAAAUAAAUUGUACUUGUGACACUCCAUAGCAGCCAUUGGUUUGCUUACUGAAGUUAGCAAACCACAUUUUGGGUAGUACUGCCUUAGGGGUCUUCAUGUGCUGUUGCUGUUUGAUAGAUAAAAGGAAUUGAAUUAAUGUAUGUAUAGAAUGACAGCAAAUCAAUUCUUCGCAGCUAUAGAAUUACAGUUAAGAAUUAAUUAUAAGUCUUGGUUAUGUGAUGUAGACACACAUGUUUUUGUAAGUGACUUGCAAAAGAUAUAUAUUUUCUGUUCCUAUUGAUUUUGCUAACAUCACAUGACAAUAAUAGAAUAGGCAAUGGUAGAAGACAAAGUGCCAUUAUCAUUUAAUAGGAGUUGAUGGUUUGAACUCCACUCCCUGGUAUGGUGUAAUAUGAACUUAUGCCCCACAAAAUAGUGGUAAUACUCCAAUCCAUUUUUAAAGAGAACUGACUCAUAACUGACUUACUGCUAUUUAACAGGUAGAUGGUCAAUCUUGUCUCAUGUGCCAGGGGUAUUGCAUUAGGUUUUCUUUAUUAAUGUAACCAGGGUGCUAAAUCAUUCACUCUUGAGUUUGAUGAGUAGGCUUCAGAUGUGAGAAGGAGAGAUGACAAAGCAGUAGGAUAUUGUUGUUACAUGUACUUGGAAAAUCAAAGAGUGGAGUUCUGCAUUCGCUGUUCAUAUUUUGUGACGUUGGAGAAGUAUGUGAAUAUUGAUUUCCAAGAUCAGUACAGCCUAUACUUGUAAUAACAGCAACUCCAUCCCCAUGACCUACAGUCAAAUUAUUAUAGUUGGUACUGGUAUGUGGUAUAGAAUUUUUACUUUAAUAAUAUAAACAGUUUGAAAUAGUAAAAAUCUUUGUAUCUACAGAAGCAAACAAAAUGGUUGCUUUGUCAUUUAAAUACAUUUUAUGGUAAUAUCCAGUACAAUAUACAACAUAAUGUUCCGACUAUAUUGUUCCAUGGUUGGCUGCCAAGUGAGGGUAAAUUUCAUGGCACUGGAGCUAACUCGAAGACAUUAAGAUACAAAAAAGGGAGGGUACCAUGGGUGGAUGCAGCUGGGCAGCCACUUGCAUGCGAGAUAAGCCAGUCAGCUACUGAGACUUGGUGCAGUAGUGGCAGUCUGACAAAUCUUUGCCUGUAUCAUCUAGGAAUAGUGACGUAGGAUUAAACAGUACCAGAAUAUCUCCAUCGUAACCUGGGACCAUUAUAGCUAGGUCUGUUAUAGCGAUGGUAAACUCAUGUUUUAUGUGAGCGAUCUUUUUUUUUUUUUUAAUGUCAGCAGCCAAAUUCCAUUUUUUUUUUUUUUAGGCUAAGUGUGUAUUAUACACUUAUGUGCAAGUUAUUUAUGAACAUGAUAAUUUAGAGGGACCUAUUGAAAAUAGAUAUAUUAAUAAAGUGAUACUGAUAAAGAAAUAUUAGAUACCUUUUAUAUUUCAGUAGGAAAGAGAAUAUUUGAAAUAAAGUGAUUUUAUGAAAUAAUGCUAAAAUAGAAGAAAGUUAGUUAAUGAAAUGCUUCUUCAGCUCACACACACUGAAUAUAUUUAAAUAUUUCUCUGUUUAUAGGUUUGUACAUUUAGGGUGCCAAAAUGGGGAUAAAAAUAGGUUGUCUGGUUUUUUAUAUAGAUUUGGUCAUGGAGAGAGAGCUUGAAAGAUAGAGAGAGAUGUUGAAGAUAGAGAUAGAGAGAGAGGUUGAACAUAGAGAUAGAGAGAGAGGUUGAAAGAUAGA